GCGGUUCCGGGGCGGGCGGCGCGGCGACCAUGGCGAUGGCGCGGCGAAAGAAGGCAGCGGCGGCGGCCGCGGGCAAGCGCAGGGCUCCCGCCGCGCUGCCCAGCCCGGCCUCCUCCUCGGAGGACGAGGCGGACGAGGCCCCGGAGCAGGUGUCCUUCGGCGCGGCGAGGGAGGCGGCCGAGGCUGAGAGGAAGCUCGUGGGGGAGGCGGCACGGAGGCACCGGGAGCUGCUGAAGGAGAAGCGGCGGCGGCACCAGGAGCUGUUCGCGGAGCAGAAGAAGCGGAGGCUGCUGCCCGAGGCCGUGCUGCAGGAGCUGCAGGAACUGCAGGAUGUGGCCGCCACUGCUGCGCCGCCCGAAGGACUCGCUGAGCAGGCUCCGGCAGAUGACCAAGUUACUUCAGGUGAAGAACUUGAAGAUGAGGCUGAGAAGCAGGAACAAGGCCCAGCCCAAGGGCAAGGCCAAGCCAAAAUGCAGGUGAAGAAAGGCAAGGCAAGAAAGGGUGCCAGGUCAAAAGGAAACUACGCAGCUGUGUGCUUAAAAGAUCAGAGUUCAACAGGCCUCCACCAACAGCUCGCCAGAGACUUUCUAAAUGCUCAGCUCUAUGGGCCACACACCAACCGGGUACAGGCAAAUGAAUUUUUUUCCCUUGCAAACAAGAAAGACCCAGUUAAAAAAGCUGCAGUUCAGUUUGUGGACAAAUCUUGGGGGCAAGAAAAAAAGGAAAAAGCAGCAAGGUUUAAGAAACGUUGGAUUGCAACACAGACUAAAAAUUGAGUCUGAGAACAGAAUUGAGUCUGAGAACAGCUUUUUCAGAAGACACUGUUAAGGACUUUUACUGAAAGUUAAUCUCUCAAAACAACAAUGGUAAUUUUUCCCCCACUUCAUCAUCACUUUGCUCUCAGCUCCACCUACCAGACAGCACUGACCUUCACCAAGCUGUGCCUGAUCAGACUUCCUUGUUCUCUCCCCCUUUCAGAAGUUCUUGGGGAAGCUACAAGGCAGCGGGGCCAGGGCAGUGUUGUAGAACAGCGGGUGUUAGCACCAGACCCUGUUGAGCUGCCUCCAUGAGGUAAUGCCUUUGCAGAGAAUAAAGAUGAGCCAUGUUGUACCUAC